CAAUGAAGUCGGGAUGCGAAUGUUGCGGGCUUUGAAUGUUUCUUUCCGAUGAUUAGUAAGAAAUUUAAAGGAAGAAGAAGAAAUUGAUUGAUUAAUUAAACGAAAGGUUUCAAGUAAUUACUAAUCACAUAACCACAAUGGAUGACCAUCGUCAUAAUCCUCCUGAUCUCGAUUCUGAUUUUGCAUCGGACAAUCCUCAUAAACCCAGAGAUUUUUUGCAUUCUCUCGGACAGAAGCGUCGCUUGUUUGGUCGCCAGAAGUCUGUUCAUCAUGUCCUCGGUGGUGGAAAUUCUGCUGACAUUUUACUGUGGAGAAAGAAGCAAGUGGCAAUAGGCAUAUUGGCUGGAGGGACAGUGAUAUGGCUUCUGUUCGAGUGUAUGGGCUAUCAUUUGAUAACUUUUAUUUGCCAUUCUUUUAUUCUCGCUUUGUCAGCAUUGUUUCUAUGCUCCAAUUUAGCUGUUUUCAGUGGCCUGUCUCCUCUAAAAUUCCCAGAGGUUAAUAUACGAGAAGAUGCGUUGGUGAAGGUUGCUCUGUUGCUGAGGAAUGAAUUUAACAGAGCAUAUACAAAUUUUCAAGAAUUGGCUUCCAACCAGGACAUAAAGACAUUUCUCUCGGCUACGGGGAUUUUGUGGAUUCUCUCAGUUGUGGGCAGUUGGUUCAAUUUUUUGACCCUCUUAUACUUAAUAUUUGUGAUGGUGCUGACGCUGCCAAUGCUGUAUGAGAAGCAUGAGGAUCAAGUGGACACUUUUGCAGAGAAAGCUAUAGCUGAAUUGAAGAAGCAAUAUGCAAUUUUAGAUGAAAAGUAUCUUCAUAAACUCCCAAUUCUGUCAGGCCAAAAUCACCAUCGAUCAUAAGCCGAUCAAAGGCAUAUUACCUGGAGUUUUUGCCGUUUCAGUCUCUUACAUUUGUGCAUUUUUCUUUGAACGAUGUGGCAAUAUACGUCGUUCAGCUUGGUUAGUUCUAACAGGUUUUCAAUUUCAUUUUAUAUCAAGCAUUUGUAAAACUCACUGCAAGUAAUAUAUUAUAGAGCCAUGAAUGAUUUGAUUUUCA